AUCGUCGGCAACGGGCAACAUCAAGGCAUGCGCUCCCGCCUGGCCUGCUGCUUGCGCAAAAUAAGGUACCCGUGCGUUGGCAUCACCAUGGAUUCAUCGCAGGAGCUCAAGAAUUUGCGGGACGCUGUCCAAUCCGCCCUUGUCUCGGUAACACGAGCAGUCAACACCCUCGCGAACGAGGAUCUCCAAUUCCAGCGAACGGUACAUCCCACGGUCGCGACUCGCCUCGACCAGAACACGGGCCGCCUGCUCCAGCUUGCUAGUGGCGUUCUCAAGUCCGCGGGAAAGUUUACUGCUCAAAGGGAGCCGCGGCUGGACGAUGUGGACGAUGUCGAAAUCCAGUGGAAGGGCGUCGUGGAUGUCAUCGACACUCUUCUGGAGAAGUCGGAUACCUGCCUGGACGAGUACACCGGCUUGAUCAAGAGGAAAGAUGCGCCGACUGCUGAAUCUGGCCGAGACCUCAAACGGUCCAAGCCGGCCACCGACAGACUGGACUGGUCGUUGAAACGUGCCAACAUUCUCAAGCCCCAAAAUGCAUUCGAGAAAAAGACGGACAACCUCGAGUCGGGGCCAUGGAAGCCUUUGCUGACAACCAAGCCUCAUGCCCAGACCCCAUUGGACGCGAGUCUGACGACUUUCACCGACGCCGGAGGCCAUACUCAAUACAAACACCCCUACGAGGAUGAGAUCACCAACAUGCGAUACCCCGAGCAAGUCUACCAGUCGCACGAACCUAUCAAGUAUCAGCCGAUGGGAAAAACGGAGGCAAUCUGGGUUGACACUUACGAGGGCGUCUUGGAGAUGUUGAAUGAGCUCAAGAAGGUAACCGAGAUUGCCAUCGAUCUGGAGCACCACGACUACAGGACAUACCCCGGCCUUUUGUCGCUGAUGCAGAUCAGCACGAGGGAGAAGGACUGGAUAGUGGACACUCUCGUGCCAUGGAGACACAAGCUCGAGGUUCUCAACGAAGUCUUUGCGGAUCCCAAGAUUGUCAAGGUGCUUCACGGGGCUUUUAUGGACACCAUCUGGCUGCAACGGGACCUUGGCCUGUAUGUUGUCGGCCUAUUCGAUACCUACUAUGCGUGCGAUACCCUCGGCUACGCAGGUAAGAGCCUGGCGUUUCUGCUGAAGAAGUUCGUCGACUUCGAUGCAGACAAAAGAUAUCAACUCGCCGAUUGGCGGAUACGACCCCUACCCGACGAGAUGUUCUACUAUGCCCGUUCUGAUACACACUACCUCCUGUACAUCUACGACAUGCUGCGGAACGAGCUCGCCGCACUUGCUGCUCAAGACAACCCCGACGGGAACCCGAUCGACCGCGUCAUUCAGAAGUCCAAGGAAGUCUCCCUACAGCGGUACGAGCACCCAUUCUGUGACUCGGAAACCGGUGCCGGCAAUCGCGGGUGGUUCAACAUCCUUCUCAAGUCACCUGCGUUGUACAACGGCGAACAGUUCGCCGUGUACAAGGCCGUACACAAGUGGCGGGACGACGUCGCCCGCCGGGAGGACGAGAGCCCCGUAUUCAUCAUGACACAACAAGUGCUGAGCGACAUUGCCCGCAUCAUGCCGACCGACAUGAAGGCUCUGUGGAGUCUGCUGGAGUCCAACACUCGGGGGCUCAAGACUCGUCUGGAAGAGCUGUUUCAGGUUAUACAGGAGGCUCGGGCAAGGGGCGCGAACGGCCCCACGAUGCUGGAGUUCUUCAGGCAACAAUCAGAAGGGAUUUACAAGGCCUCGCUUGCGAAUCAAGUAAAGACAAGCGCCAAGGUGGAAGCUGUACAGCUCAGCAUCGAUGAUAUGAAGAGCACCCGCUCUCAAUUAUGGGGAGAUGUGGCGCUCAACUCGACGUUGGAUGGGACAUCCAAGGCUCGUCCGAUGGAUUACCAGGAGAUGAUUCCGCUAUACACUUUUGACCUCAGCGCGUUCACAGAAUCGCUACCGGAGCCCGCAGAAACCGUGCCUAGCGCUCGUGCGCAAGAGCUUGAACCAGAACCUGUGGAAGAGGACGAGGGAUUCACCCUCCGAUCUGGGCGGAAACGCAAAGCCGUCGAUUUGGAUACCACGCGGGCAUCCGAGGAUGAAUCCGCCUCCGCCGUUGAGACUGACGAGAGUGAGGCAGCCGAUGAGCCCGACUCGCUCGAUGCUGAUAGUGAAGGCGAGGGCGAGGCCGGAAGCGAAGACGAUGCUGCAGCCCACAAAACGAUACAGGGCCAACCCAAGAAGAAGAGAAGGGAAGCCAGUGAGGCCGUUCGGAACUUGCAAAAGGCUGCCAGGCGCAAGGCGAAAAAACUCCGCGAGCAGGGCGAUCCAAAGGCGACGAAGCAAUUGCUCCUCGAAGCCAAGCAGGCGAGGCGCGCCGAGAAGAAACGGCAAAAACGAGAACAACGAGAACAGGAGCAGCAGCAGCAACAAGCCGCCGCCUCAUCCUCCAUAGCCAACCCAUUAGCUGCGGCCGACAAACAGCCCACCACAACCUCCACCUCCUCUCCAGGCGUACAACAGGACGAGAACGACCACCAGCAGCAGCAACAAGAGCAGCCAUUCGACUACACCAGGGCCGCCUCCGUGCUGCACGCACCCAAGGACCAGACCGACGCCAACGGCACGGGAGGGUCCGACGGCCAAGGCAAGAAGGGCAAGCGCAGCAAGAAGAAGAAGGAGGCGUUUGACCCGUACGCCAAGAAAGCCGGGGACGCGCCCGUGGGGGCGAGGAAGAUGAACUACGAGCGGUCUGGGCGGACCGCGACGUUCAAGAAGUGAAAAGUUGACCCCACCUCAGAGCCAGGGGGGUGAUCACCUAUCUUUGGCAGGCAUUUUACUACCAACCUGCUUAUCUUAUCUCUUCUUGCAGUGGAGGAGGGAGAAUGAGAGAGACAGGAGCAAGGAUGGGGGAAUGAGAGCCGUAGGGGGGUGGGUAUAUUGUAUAACAAAGCGUAGAGCCUACUUAGAUGCGAUGCAUACGUAGGGAAAUAGGGAAGGGGAGAAAGCCACUCCUUCGCAGAAUGGGAAAAAGGG